AUGAGCACGGGUUCUUUCGGCGAUGGUGAGGACUAUGAGGAUGAGAUCGAAGUACAGAGUGGGAGGCCGUCGAGAGGGAAGGAAGAUGGUCCGGGUCACUCAGAAGACGAGGAGGAAGAAGAGAGUAGCGAGGAUGGCGAAAGCGACGAGGAGGCCGCUAGCUCGCAUGCACCAUGGAAGUCUCUCGAUGCAGAAUCUACCCUCACAUCCCGAAUCGCCUUGAAGCCCAAGUCUUCGACGUCUCGUCUGCCCGACCAACAAAACCUGAAGACCUCGCCACAAAAGAACGCCACAUUCGCCUCUCUGGACAUCUCUCCGCCUCUCAUCUCUGCGCUUUCUAAACUGGCGAUACGAGCACCUACAGAGAUUCAGUUGGCGUGUAUUCCACCGCUUUUAGCAGGCGAAGAUUGUAUAGGCAAUGCAAAGACUGGUUCCGGAAAAACUAUCGCGUUCGCCCUUCCGAUACUUCAAAAACUCUCCAUGGACCCAUAUGGAAUCUAUGCUCUCGUUCUCACCCCCACCAGAGAGCUCGCAUUUCAGAUCUCUGAACAAUUCGCCGUUCUCGGAGCUCAUCUCAACAUAAGGACGGCUGUGAUAGUGGGGGGAAUGGACAUGAUGACACAGGCUCUUGAACUUGGACGGAGACCGCAUGUGGUAAUCGCUACCCCAGGCAGACUCGUCGAUCAUUUGAGGAGCAGUAGCGGCGAGUGGGAUCUGUCGCGGGUCAAAUUCUUGGUGCUUGAUGAGGCGGAUAGGCUCCUCACAUCCACGUUCUCCCCAGAACUUGCGCAUCUCUUCGGGGUUCUCCCUCGAGAUCGGCAGACAGCGCUCUUCACCGCUACCUGGACACCGUCUAUUGACGCCAUAGCUGAUGCGACUCCAAGACCAGGAAAGCAAAAGCCGUUUAUUCAUAAGAUUACCGCAGGCACCGAGACUGUUGAAACUCUGCAGCAGUUCUACAUGCUCGUGCCCUCACAAGUGAAAGAAUCUUAUCUUUACCACCUUCUGUGCAAUCCCCCAGAGUCGACGAUCCGCCUCCGGCGUGCUCCACCAGAGUCAACGAAACCAUCGCGGACUGGCAAGUCCAAGCCAAAGGCCAAGUCAAAACCAAAGUCAAAAUCGAAGCCAGGCGAGGCUGAAGAACAGGAACAACCACCGCCAACAAUGAUCUUCUGCGCGCGAACGCGAACGGCAGCCUACCUGACCAACCUCCUCAAAACGCUCAAUAUCCGUACGACGGCACUGCACUCGCGUCUGACGCAGCGAGAACGACUGAAUUCGCUGCAGCUUUUCAAAUCGUGUGUGGUUCCGGUGAUGGUGUGCACGGAUGUCGGGGCUCGAGGGUUGGAUAUUGAGGACGUGGCGAUGGUUGUGAAUUGGGAUUUACCGGAGGAGCCGGAGGAGUAUACGCAUAGGGUCGGAAGGACGGCGAGAGCGGGGAGGGAUGGUGUUUCGGUCAGCUUUGUCGGGGCGAGGGAUGAGGAGAGGGUGCAUAAGAUUGAGAAUAGGAUCAAAACGAAGCUGAGCGAGAUGGAUCUGCCCGAGUCGAAAGUGUUGGAAAAGCUGAACGCGGUAUCCACAGCGAAGCGCCUAGCGAAUAUGGAGCUACAUGAUUCACGAUUUGGGAAGAGAGAGGAGAUACAGAAACGAAAGCGGGAGACGUAG